AACUUAUCACGUCCAGAAAAGACCGCGAUAACCGGCGGCAAGUGCACCUAUCUGGAAUUUUUAAAACGAAUCAGUUAUGUGUUUUGUUUCUGUUGUUUUCUUAAUCGGUAUUUUUGACCCAUCGAACCAUGUACGUGUUCCUUAGCAGCAUACUGGAGUGCAUCGAAUUCGUGUCCAGCACCGUAACAGCUAACCUGACCGAAAUUACCGACGCUUGGAAUAAAUCUUCGCAGUUGUACGCUGGCACGGUGGACAAAAUCAACGUAACUUGGAGAGCCGCCUUGGAUCUGGAUUUUCUAGAAGAAUUUCCAGAUAUCAGAACUAGAGUGGCAAAAAAACUUGAAUAUGUAGGAAAUGAACAACUUUCUAUUUUACGUUCACUUGCUGGCCGUAUGUUUCAUAUCAAUGAAAGUCUCAAAGCUAAAUUGGAUCAAAUCAACGACACAGUUGAACAGAUGUCAUUUGAGGAACAUAUCGAGCUCAAACAUACAGUUUUUGAACAUAUCAUGUGGAUAGAAGACUGCUGGAAAUGUCUCCAUUGCUUAUACAUGCAACUUAAUUUUUCUUUGAUUUCAUUGGAAGUUUUAAGUGAAGAAUCUGCCAAAAAUUUAGUCGAUGCUAUUAAACUGGAUAAAAAUGAUAAAUCGACUAUAAGAAAGUCACAGAUUUAUACUCAGAGUUGUUUGAGUUUACUAAAAUUCAUAGAAAAUAAAAAUAAGAUUAAAAUCAAUCAGUAGAAAAUUAAUGUAUGUUAUAUAUUUUGUAAUCCAUUUCCUUUUUUUUUUUAUGCUAAUUUUAUUAAUUUCAUUGUCACCAAUAAAAACAAUCUUACAUAAUAA